UCGUCUAAAAUGGUUCUACAUUACGUCGAACCCACUGGCACCGAGUCUAUUAGCCCGGAGACUGUCGUCCCAAGGGAAGAAGGCCACGAUAAUGGCUCUUCGGACACGAGUGAACCUGAUACCAAUAGCUCGCAGCUCAGCACUCCACAAGAAACUGAUUCUGAGCCAGCCAAGCCUAGAUUUUCUCCUCGUGCUGAUCGUCUGAAUCAAAAGCCAAGCAAGGGAAAUGCACAGGGACUUUUCCUGCCGGAUGCCUGUGUCUUUGUGGGGAACCUUUCGAUUAGGUAUACUCUUGAACAGUUAGAGGAAGAUCUUACUACCCUGGUCUCUCCCUUUGGAAAGUGCCAUGUCAAGGUUCGAAUGUCCGCGAAGGAUAAGGCACUUCCCGUGGGGUUUGUUCAGUUUGAAGACAUAAAAUGUGCACAAGCAGCGCUUAGACAAAAUGGAGAGUUGAGGCUGCAUAAUCGUACCUUGAGGUUGGAGUCAUCCAAGGCCAGACGAACUGCCUUUUUCGGAUAUCUCACAGACGCUCCCAUUUCUCGAGAAGAGAUUCUUGCUGCCCUGCACGAUCGUGGCUGUCUCGAGAGCCUCAUCAUCAAGGACGACUACGUCGACCGCCACGGCAACAAAACUACAUAUGGUGUUGUGACUUUCGCAUAUCCUGACGACUUCGCUGAUGCCCUUACCCACUUCAAUAGCAGUCGCAAAUACUACAUGACCAGAACCGAGAUGGAUGCCAAUGAGGGCCCAGGCUCUCAGGGCUAUCCUGCUCCUGGACACAGACCAUCCAAUCAGCCAACCCGUGGCCAUCAGCGCUACAACAGUAACUCUGGCCGCAGGCCUUUCAAUCGUCCAUGGUUCAGUGGCAACAACAGAGGCAGUUUCCGCAAUGGUCCUGGUGCUCCCCCUAGACACAACGCAUCUUUCUCAAGCAAUGGUGGCCAUAGUCAAAAUCCAAGCUUCGACGGUCGAGUCCAAGGCCAUUCACCUCACGAUUCAUUCGCGAUUACACAUCACCACAAUGGCAAUGGCAAUGGCAAUAGCUUCCCUCAGGGCUUCAGUGGCAAUUUCAACCCGGGUUAUCAAAACCCUAACUUCAAUAUGGGCUACCAGGGCAACAACUUCCCUCAGAACUAUCCGGGUCAGUUCCAGCAGGGCUAUCCUGCUCCGAACUUCGUGCCUCCUUUCUCGGGUCCGCCUGUGAUGAUGACCCCAAUGCCAAUGGCCGAGUUUCAACCUCCCCCAUACCCUGCUGAUUACACUCCUAUGCCAAAUCCUGGGUACCCGAUGUUCAUGGGCAAUCAACCUUACCAGCCUCCCAAUUAUCUGCCUCCUAUCGUCACCAACCCUCAGCCUGGAAACGCCGUGGUUCAACGUCGCCGGCGGUUGCCCCCAAAUCCUGACAGUCCUUUGAUUGUCUCGAGCCAACCGCAAUUUGACACCGAAGAGCACAUUCGACGCUAUUAUGAGUACUUGCCUGCCAACAACUACGCUGGUGCUCAGGCAGGCUGGGUCGGUAAUCCUGGUGGUUACAUGCAUCCAGGCUACAAUCAGCCGCCGCCGUUCAUGCCGAACUUCCAAUUCCCUCAGAGUCGUCACUCCAGCAUGGAAAGCAACAAGAGAAACUCGCCCUCUCCUCGCACUGUAAUUGAACCCGAUGGAUAUGACGAGUCCUCUAAUCGGGUUGGCUCUGAGUCAACCCUGGUGCAGACUAGAGUCGACAGCUCUGAUUACGAGAGAGGACGUCAACUGGCCCGGCAUCGUCAUGCGAACACCGAUGGAGCCUCAUCAGUGCCUGCCUCUGAUAAGACAGAGGACCGCCCCGCCCCUGCGCAAGCUCCGGAUGAUUCUCAGGAAGGAGUCAACCCAACAGAUGAGACUCAGUCUGCUGCCCCUGUGACUGACAACAAAACACUCGAUUCUCAGGGCAACUCCACCGAGCCUGAGAAAGAGCCUAUUCACACUGGAGCCGAUGAAAACAAAGAGCAGCCUAUCGAUGAGGCCAUGGCAUCGCUCAAGAUCGAAUCCAAGCAUGACGAAAGCACCGGCUCCUCUUCUGAAGCCGGCCCCAAGACCCCAGACACCGAUGAGUCCCGAGAGUGCGCCAAGGCCAUCCUUGCGGCCUCAGCCGCAGAGAGUUCCGCCGAUACCAGGACACCUGACACCGCUGAGACCCUGACACCAACCGACAAGGGUACUCCAAGCAAGGACAAGGGCAAAGGCAAGGCCACUGCCACAUCGACUCCCACCAAGCCCGUCGCCAGAAGGCUCGAGCCCGCCCUCCCAGACGACAAACACCUCCUAGCUCGCCACGCUUUCCAACACCGCAAGCCUCUGAAGAAGAAGUAUCAGCCCAAGACCGAUACUGGCAAGACGGUUGAGCAGUACACCCGUGAGAUCAACGCGCAGCGUGCCGCGGCUGAUCCUAACUCGCGUGUCCCUGACCAUCUCCUGCAAGAGGUCAUUAUGGAACUUGAAGGGGAGCGUCGUGAGGAAUUGCGAGCUCGUCAAGGUUUUGGUCCCAAUGACCAGAGCAGCACCGAUAGUGGUCCUUCUGCUAAGAAAUAA